AUGAGUGCCGAGAACAUGAAGAUAACAGUUUUCCAAGGGAUCAAGGUUGCCUACGACAGUUUCGGUGUGGGAUCGGAGGCCUUGGUUUUUAUUCAUGGUUGGACGUGCAGCAGUUCCCUUUGGUAUCAACAAGAGAAGCUGUUGUUACAUCAGCACCGGUCACUGCUGAUAGAUUUGCCUGGCCAUGGGAGAAGCGAUGCCCCAGAGCAGGAAUACAGCCAGGAAUUCUUUGCGCGAUCGGUCAAGGCGGUCCUCGACGACACGGCCAUCACCAAGGCCGUGUUGAUAGGACAUAGCAUGGGUGGCCCUGUCUCCACGAUGGUUCUUCGACUAUUUCCUCCACUUAUCGCCGGAAUUGUCUACGUGGAUUCUUUCUUCCACAGCCCAGAGAGCUAUUUGUCUGGGAUUGAGCGGAGGCAGCUAGGGGAGAAACUACAGCAUGACGAAAACUUUGCAGCCUUGAUCAAUUGCUUCUGGACUGCACGAACGACGCCUGAUGCUCGGACGAAGGUGCUACGGACAAUGAUGGGAACGGCAAGGCAUGUCAGGGUCAAUGCUGUCACCUCAGACUCCUUGCCACAUGCAUAUCGGUGGGACGAAGUUUUCGAGAUUCCAGCUCUCAUGAUUGCGACACCAGCAAGAGCGCGUAUCGACUUACAUUGGUUGCUUCACGUGCCCAAGUUGAAAAUUACGACUUGGGCAGACCACGGCCAUUUCUUGUUCAUGGAAGAUCCGGAACGAUUCAAUACUGAGAUAGAAGAGUUUCUGACCGUGCAUCAGCCACUCAAAGGUUCCAGAUAG